AGGAAGCGGCUCUGAUGUCAGCAGCGGCGGCCGCGGCGCGGCUCUGAGCGGCUCCCCUACCCCCGCCGCGGCCCCUCGCCCGCUGCUGCCGCCGGGGCGGGCGGAGGCGGCCGGCUUCGGCCCCCAGGGGCGCCCCCUUCCCUCCGCCGGGGACGCGCGGCCGAGGCGGCUCCCAGGCGCCGGAGAGGCCGCGGCCUAGGGCGGCCGGCGUAGCGCGGCGCGGUGCGGGAGGGCGCGGGAUGCAGAGCGGCGGCGCCGCCGGCGGGGCCCCCGCCCGCCGCCACUGAGGCCCGCGGCCGCCGCGGAUGCGGCCUCGCCCCGCGCGGCGGCGCCUCGGCCAGGCCCUCGCCGACCUGCGCCCGCGCGGAGGGCAGGAGCCGCCGCCGCGCCCCGACUAGCGCCGGCCCGGCCCACCGAGCGCGGCCCCCGGCCUGCCCUGGCCUCUCCUCCCCGAGGUGAAAGAGGAGGGAUGUCCGCUGCCGCCUCCGCUGAAAUGAUUGAAACCCCCCCCGUCCUCAACUUCGAAGAAAUUGACUACAAAGAGAUCGAAGUGGAAGAGGUUGUUGGAAGAGGAGCCUUUGGUGUGGUCUGCAAGGCAAAAUGGCGAGCUAAGGAUGUAGCCAUUAAACAAAUAGAAAGUGAAUCUGAAAGGAAAGCCUUCAUUGUAGAGCUUCGACAACUGUCACGAGUAAACCAUCCCAAUAUUGUCAAGUUAUAUGGAGCCUGUCUAAACCCAGUGUGUCUUGUUAUGGAGUAUGCUGAAGGAGGUUCUCUGUACAAUGUGCUGCAUGGUGCUGAACCUCUGCCUCAUUAUACUGCUGCACACGCAAUGAGUUGGUGUUUACAGUGUUCCCAAGGAGUGGCAUAUCUUCACAGUAUGAAACCAAAGGCCCUAAUUCACAGAGACCUGAAACCACCAAAUUUGCUCUUGGUAGCUGGGGGGACAGUUCUAAAGAUCUGUGAUUUUGGUACAGCCUGUGAUAUUCAAACACACAUGACCAACAAUAAGGGAAGUGCUGCUUGGAUGGCACCUGAAGUUUUUGAAGGUAGCAAUUACAGUGAAAAAUGUGACGUUUUCAGUUGGGGUAUUAUUCUCUGGGAGGUAAUCACCCGUAGGAAACCUUUUGAUGAGAUUGGUGGUCCAGCUUUCCGCAUAAUGUGGGCAGUUCACAAUGGUACUCGACCACCACUGAUCAAAAACUUACCUAAACCAAUUGAGAGUUUAAUGACCCGCUGUUGGUCCAAGGAUCCCUCACAACGACCUUCCAUGGAGGAAAUUGUUAAAAUAAUGACACACUUGAUGCGGUACUUUCCAGGAGCUGAUGAACCUCUGCAGUAUCCUUGCCAGUAUUCAGAUGAAGGGCAAAGCAACUCUGCCACUAGUACAGGUUCAUUUAUGGACAUCACUUCUACAAAUACAAGUAACAAAAGUGAUGCAAACAUGGAACCGAAUGACUUCCAAGGAGCUUCUACCAAUGACACUAUUAAACGUUUAGAAUCAAAAUUGGCACAGCAAAUGAAAAAUACAGCCAAGCAGCCAGGUGAUCCUGGCCGUUUGAGUUUACCACCAUCUCGUGGGAGCAGUGUGGAGAGCUUGUCAGAUGUUCGUGGGCGACCUCAGUCAGCCCUUGUUUCAGGAGAAGCCAAAAGGAUGAGUGCUGACAUGUCCGAAAUGGAAGCAAGAAUACCUUCUACCACAGCCUAUUCCAAGCCUAAACGAGGCCAUCGUAAAACUGCUUCAUUUGGCAACAUUCUGGAUGUCCCUGAGAUCAUCAUACCAGCAGGAAACGGACAGCAGAGGCGCAGAUCCAUUCAAGAUCUUACUGUUGCUGGAACAGAGUCCAGUCAGGAGAGUAGAAACAGCAGUAGAUCAUCUAGUCCUAGUGUGAGAAUGAUCACUACCUCGGGACCAACCUCUGAAAAGCCAACUCGUAAUCCAUGGACACCUGAUGAUGCAGAUAAAGCUUUCAUUGCUCUGACUUCUGGAAAGAAAUGCUACUUAGCUGCUCUUGGAGAUAGCGUAGUCUUUGAGGGCAACACCUUAGUUUCUCUACCACGACUACUCUGUGGCAGGUGCUUUUGGGGUAUGGAGACCAAUGGGUCAGAUAACUCCAUCCCAAUGGCAUAUCUUACAUUAGAUCAUCAGUUACAGCCUCUAGCACCAUGCCCGAACUCCAAAGAAUCUAUGGCUGUGUUUGAACAGCACUGCAAAAUGGCACAAGAAUAUAUGAAAGUUCAGACAGAAAUUGCAUUGCUGUUGCAGAGGAAGCAAGAAUUAAUAGCAGAACUGGACCAGGAUGAAAAAGACCAGCAAAAUACAUCCCGUCUGGUACAAGAACAUAAAAAGCUGUUAGAUGAAAAUAAAAGUCUCUCAACUUAUUAUCAGCAAUGCAAAAAACAAUUAGAGGUCAUCAGAAAUCAGCAACAGAAACGGCCAGGCACAUCAUGAUUUCCUGGGACCUUUCAAAUGAAAAAAAAUAUGCACAGAAAAGACUGAUUUUUUUUUUUAAUUGUUAUUAUUAUCCCUUAUUAUGACAACUCAUGAGUGUUAGCUUCUCGGUGUGAUCUGUAUUUGUCUGCUACACUUAACAUCAUUUAAUAUUUCCUUUUCCUACAGUGGACAUCUGAUUCAACAGGUUAAUGAGAUAAGGUGAGAAAACAGUGACUUGAAUUAACCAACAGCCCUCAGUAUAAAGCGAGAACAAUGGCUGUAUGCAUGCUCCUUGUGUGAAGGCUAGCCUAACAAGUGUUAAAGUGGCUGCUAAAUUGUAAGAUCUUGGUUUUAGUUUUUGGUGUUACCUCGAUAAGAGCAAAACAAAAACUUUCCUGUUUAAGAAUGGCUUUGUUCCAGUGUCUCAUCUCAAACAAAUUUGUCAUUAUUAUUUUCAGGACGUAAACAUGCACCAAGCUGCAGAGGUGAUGUUGGCUGACCAGUGUAAUUCAUGAUCCAUUAGUGAUGCCUUUUAUCUGUAGUCGUAGUGUAUUUUUUCCACCUGCAAAAUGGUAGUCAAACUGAUGCCAACAUCCUUGGUUCAGUGCUUGAUAGCCCUGCAUUUUGACUAAUAUAUUUGUUGUAAUCUUGCAUUCAUAAAAUAUUUGAAGUAAAACACUGUAUUUUCUUUACUUUCUUGGGGGGAAUUACAUACAGUUUCAUGUAGCUACUGGGCAGAAGUUAUGAAAGUGAUUCACUGGGUAAAAUUGAUCCCUUGUUUAGAAGAAACAAAAAUGUGCAAAAAUGUGUUUUAAGCCUUUAAAGCUUUUUGUAUCUGAAGCAUUCUUAAAAUGAAAUUCAGAAGGCAAAUUAACAUAAUUUUAAAUACUCCCUUCCUACCACUUCACGUGAAUUUUUUUCUUUACAACUUAUUUGCUGAACACUUGCCAUAAAUGCAAAUAAGUUUGUUCUGGAUAGGAAGAAAAAGGCUUGGGGAAAUGAAUUUAUUUUAAAUGGCAAAUUAUGAAAUGCAAUUGAGUAUGAAACUGUGGAAGUUGUUAAGAAAAUGAGGGAAAAGGCUUAGAUCUCCAUCAGGAACCUCAGUUGUUUCACUCAUUUGAGCAUAGCUCAAAGGAAGUCCAUCUCAGAAUGCCUGCUGCUGCCUUUGUGAAAGAAGAAUUGCAUUUAAUGAACUCAAGCAGAAUAUGUAAUGAUCAGUGUCGUUAUUUAUCAUUAUUACAUGGGAGAAAACAACUACAACUACUUGUUUACAUUGCACAUUGAUUAUUUGGUCUACAAGUUAACUUUUGACUGGUACUGAAAUUAGAUAUUUCUAAAUAGAGUAGAAAAUGAGUCCUUAUAUGAGCUCUUGGCACACUCAGGUGUCAGCAGGGCUUUAACAACAUUAUUUUGCAGAAGGAAAAUAAAAAUUUGAAAUUUAGCUGCUGAGCCCUCAAAAUAUGAGAGGUAAUAUGAACUUCGGUUUAGGCUUAUUUCAAAUUAAUAGUUAUUUAUGGGAACCCACGAGCAGAACUUAGAAGAAUGGUAGAAAUAUCACAGUAUUUUCCCCUUCCUGCAUACCUGAUAAUAAACAUCAAUACUCUUCUGCUUAUCUGUGAACAACAAAAAUGACCAACAGUUUACUGAACAGUGUCACUCUAUCUUGAAAAUGAAUCUGCUGUUGGCAAACUUUUAGGAGUAAGAAACAUGUCUCACUUUUACUUAAAUAAAGGAAGGGCUAUCAUUCCCAAAACCUUACCAGAUAAUUUGAUUAGUUAGAUGAAACUGAUAUUGGGAUCAACUUAAGGGCACACAUAUUUAUAGUAAAAUGUAAUUGGUGGAGAAAAUAACUGUAGUAUUAGGAAUAGCACAAGUUAUCCAAAGCAUUGCUGUUCACAUACAUCUGUCCAUCUACCAAAAUGGACUCACUCCGUGCUCAACAGCUUGCUUAACACAUGCUUAAGCAUCGAGUAGAGCACAUAAAUACUAAUGCUUGACUUGAGAUGCGUGGUAGAUGAUUGCACACACAAAAUCAUUUCCCAGAACAGUUUUUACCUGGUUGCCUCAUCAUAAAACAGAUUUGCUUAAAAUAAAUUGAUAUUGUAUACAAAAAGUCAAUUUAUGGCGAUGUUUGAAUAAUGAAAGUGAAAACAAUGCUGGCCUCAUGGUACGUAAUACAAAAGUCAGUUCUAACAGUAGCUUUUGACUUUUCAGAGUUUACAUUAAAAAGAAUCUCACAUCAGUGCUGUGCUAUUGCCGCACUGUUGAUCUCGGCUCCAUUCAACAGCUGGGUUAUAGUGCUGUUCUUGUAAUUUACAAGGGGAACUUUAAGUUUGGCCUUUGGCUUUCAAAUUGUCCCUUUCUUAAAUGCACCAUUUUUUUUUUUUAAUUAUUUGCCUAUAUUUUUCAGUGAAGUGCUCUGUGUGGCAAAAUUUGUGUAUAUAAAAAAAAAAAAAAAAAAACACCCAAAAAAUGGUAGAACAUGACAAUUUGGGCUAUGAAGAGUUUAAUAGCUUAACUUUCUAGUGACCGAUACUAUUUUCAUAAGGCUCUUGUUUUAAAGUUGUUUACAAAUGUACUUUUCUUCUUCUGUUAAACUAUCUGGAGUGUUCAGGAGGUUUUUCAUGUACACUUUUGUCCGGUUAAAGCCAUUCUACUGGUAAUGGAGGUGACACAUCUAGUUUUGUCCGGGCAGUGCCUUCUAGGAAAGGUAACAGGCUCUGCUUUUUGUUCAAGUAUGUGUUCUGUAAGAUACUGUGUAACUGAAAGUAUGCUUCUGUACACUGUGCAGUUCUACCAAAAAAUGCUUUUUUUUAGGCUUGUUUGGUUUUGUUUUGAUGUUUUCUUUUUUUCUGAUGAGAAGCUGAAGAUUGUAAUUCAAAACUUGUAUAUAAAAUGGUGAAUGAUUUCAUAUGA